AUACCACCCAAGAAAGGAUGCUAUUAAAAUCUUUGGGACUGGGCUAAAUGAUGUUGCAUUGCAGGUGACUUCAUUAAUAAUCUUACUUGGUGACUUCCUGAGCUAUCAGGCCUAUUUCCUUUGGUCAGGUCGUACUGAAGACCCGUGGUGUAACUGUGCUCAGCUCUUGGAAAUUUCUCCCUCAGCCUUAUUCUCGUAUGGCUCUUUCUGAACUCUGACUUCUUCAGCUCUGCGUGCAGGCAGCACUGACCUCCUUAAUGCCUGGAUUUGAGGCCUGAGUGGAGAGUGCUCUAUAUCCAUCUCUGCAACUAGAUCUAAAUUCCUUGGGAAUGGGGGUUGAUGAAUGCUGACAGAGCGCUCAGCUCUCACAAUGAAGUGCCUUUGCUUGACAGACUAUGCCGAGCAGUUAAUGGCUGUGAGGCUGGGGCACCGUGUUUGGCCAUUUUCAGCGUACGAUGCCAGGUGUGGUCAAUGCAAAUAUUAAGGGUAUAGAGAUUUGCAAAUCAUCCAUCAGCACGAAGGGGUCUUGGGAUGAUUGCCAGUUGGUAAACGAGGAAGAUUGCAUUCUUCAUUUUUGGGUACUAUGAAAAAUAAAUCCCAGGGAUUAUCACAGCCUCCACGCUCCUUAGUCUUUGCAGCACCUGCUGUCAUGUUGUACCGUAUAAGCACAGCUAACGUGACAAACCAUUCAGAUCAGUGGGGUGCUCAACUCUGAUGGAGUCAUGAUUGAAAUGACCAUGAAUCACAACGAAAGCAUUGUGUCUGGAGUAGGAUCUCCCAUUUAUCGUUGUACGUAUUUUGGUACCAGAACAUGAAAAAGCCCUGAAAUGCACUGUAUUCUGGUUUUGUAUGUUGGCUAACUCAUGCCACAUUUGAAAGAAAUGGAACAGAUAAUGUGUUGGAUACCUUGGAAGUCACUCCAAACAAAUGUGAAUUGAGAAAGUUCCUACUGGUGUUUGGGCUUCCGCUUUUUUCCCCAGUUUCUUGCCAGGUUCACUUCUUCCUUAUGCUACGAUAGAAGAGUCACUGAAGAGAGGUAUACUUUGCUGCUUGCAUGCUGUUAUGCCUCACAUAGCAAUCCCCUCACUACUGACUUCAAGGAAAACAGCACACAGAUGAAAACCCUAAUAUGGUCAAUGCAGGAGACAUGAACGGUUCUGGCAACCUGAUGGAUUUUCUGGAUGAGCCUUUCCCUGAUGUUGGAACUUAUGAAGAUUUCCACACCAUUGACUGGCUGCGGGAGAAAUCACGCGACACCGACCGCCAUAGAAAGAUUACAAGCAAAAGUAAGGAAUCCAUAUGGGAGUUCAUAAAGAGUUUGCUGGAUGCCUGGUCAGGAUGGGUUGUAAUGCUUCUCAUAGGAUUAAUGGCAGGCACGUUAGCCGGAGUGAUAGAUUUAGCUGUGGAUUGGAUGACAGAUCUGAAAGAGGGAGUCUGCCUGUCUGCCUUCUGGUACAGCCACGAGCAGUGCUGCUGGACGUCUAGUGAAACUACAUUCAAUGACAGGGACAAAUGUCCUCAGUGGCAGAAAUGGUCUGAACUUCUUGUAGGCCAGUCUGAGGGUGCAAGUGCAUAUAUUCUAAACUAUUUUCUAUACAUUAUGUGGGCUCUAUGCUUUGCUUUCCUGGCAGUCUCCCUGGUCAGAGUGUUUGCUCCCUACGCCUGUGGUUCUGGAAUCCCAGAGAUAAAAACCAUCUUGAGUGGGUUCAUUAUUAGGGGCUACCUGGGAAAGUGGACACUUUUAAUCAAAACAGUCACCUUGGUUCUGGUGGUAUCUUCAGGCCUCAGUCUUGGGAAAGAGGGUCCCUUAGUCCAUGUGGCCUGUUGCUGUGGAAACUUCUUCAGCAGCCUCUUCUCCAAGUACAGCAAGAACGAAGGAAAGAGGAGAGAGGUGCUCUCGGCUGCAGCAGCUGCAGGAGUUUCUGUUGCCUUUGGGGCUCCGAUUGGAGGUGUGCUUUUUAGCCUGGAAGAGGUUAGCUACUACUUUCCUCUAAAAACCCUCUGGAGAUCAUUUUUUGCUGCUCUCGUGGCUGCUUUCACACUGAGGUCCAUCAAUCCUUUUGGAAACAGCCGGCUAGUCCUGUUCUACGUGGAGUACCACACCCCCUGGUACAUGGCUGAGCUCUUCCCCUUCAUCCUGCUUGGUGUCUUUGGCGGCCUCUGGGGAACCCUCUUUAUCCGAUGCAACAUCGCCUGGUGCAGGAGGCGAAAAACCACCAGACUUGGGAAAUACCCAGUCCUGGAGGUUAUAGUGAUAACAGCUAUCACCGCCAUCAUUGCCUACCCCAACCCCUACACCCGGCGAAGCACCAGUGAGCUGAUCUCGGAGCUCUUCAAUGACUGCGGUGCCCUGGAGUCCUCACAGCUCUGUGACUAUAUCAAUGACCCAAACAUGACCCGGCCAGUGGAUGACAUUCCUGACAGACCUGCAGGCCCCGGAGUCUACACUGCCAUGUGGCAGCUCGCCUUGGCUUUGGUGUUUAAAAUUGUCAUCACAAUAUUCACUUUUGGCAUGAAGAUCCCUUCAGGUCUUUUCAUUCCCAGCAUGGCUGUUGGCGCCAUCGCUGGCAGGAUGGUUGGGAUUGGAGUAGAGCAGCUGGCAUAUCACCACCAUGACUGGAUCAUCUUCAGGAACUGGUGCAGACCUGGAGCAGAUUGUGUCACUCCAGGACUUUAUGCUAUGGUGGGAGCGGCAGCAUGCUUGGGUGGUGUUACCCGAAUGACGGUCUCUCUGGUGGUCAUUAUGUUUGAGCUAACUGGAGGCUUGGAGUACAUUGUACCUCUUAUGGCUGCAGCUGUCACAAGCAAGUGGGUGGCAGAUGCCUUUGGGAAAGAGGGGAUCUAUGAAGCUCACAUUCAUCUGAAUGGCUACCCCUUUCUGGAUGUGAAGGAUGAAUUCACCCACCGAACCCUAGCAACAGAUGUCAUGAGACCAAGGCGUGGUGAAGCUCCUCUCUCUGUUCUGACGCAGGACAGUAUGACGGUGGAGGAUGUCGAGACACUAAUCAAGGAGACUGACUACAAUGGUUUUCCAGUAGUGGUUUCAAAAGACUCAGAGAGACUUAUUGGAUUUGCACAGAGACGGGAGCUGAUUCUUGCAAUAAAGAAUGCGCGACAGCGUCAGGAUGGAGUGGUGAGCAACUCCAUAGUGUAUUUCACUGAAGACCCCCCAGAACUGCCACCCAACAGUCCCCAUCCGCUGAAGCUGCGGCGUAUUCUCAACCUGAGCCCCUUUACCGUCACUGAUCACACACCAAUGGAGACUGUGGUAGAUAUUUUCCGGAAACUUGGACUCCGGCAGUGUCUUGUCACUCGCAGUGGGAGGCUGCUGGGUAUUAUAACUAAAAAGGAUGUAUUAAGACAUAUGGCUCAAAUGGCAAACCAGGACCCUGAAUCUAUCAUGUUUAACUAGACUGGUAAAGGAAGAAGGAAGUAACCCCAAAGGAAUCCCUUCUAGAUUAACACAAAGGCUAUGUUUGGUGUUUAAUUUUAUUUAAAGGGAAAAUGUGAUGUGUAUGAGGAAUGGCCCAAUAUGCCUCUGACAGAGGAGUGUAUGCAGGAUGGCACUUAUUUGAUGAGGAAGGUAGUUUAGCAGCUCUGAGCAGCUGCAGACAUCAAGCUGUGUUUCCUUAAUGAGAUUCCCAACAGCUCAAUUGGAUCGUUCAUGGGUGUAAGUGAUGUGCUUAGAGACAAAAGAGUCAGGAGUGUCAGUGGGAUGCAUCAAUGUUCACAGUAACUCUCAAAGCAGGUGUGAAGACUAGAAGAUACUGUUUAUGUAUAAGCUGUUAACAGAUGUAAAGAUUUGUGUUCCAAACUAGAGAUUGUGUUUGAGUGAUGUCAGUUAAUUUUGUUACUGUAAUCAUCACUAUUUAUUUGCAACUGAAUUAUACCAUUUUCAUGACGGAAAAAAAAAAUCAUUGUAUUUUAAAAUGAAAAAAAUUUUCAUAUUCGUUUAUUUUUGUAAUAUUUAAGUGAAUCAGGACUGGAGUUAAAGGAGCAAGAAUACACUUCAACUGACUUCAAAACUUAAUGUCCCCUGCUCCCUGCUUUAGCCCUUUGAUUUUUAUGCAGCUUAGCAUUACUGUCAAUCAGCUUCCACUUAUUAAUGUUGAAAUGUGACUUAUUUGUAGGGAUUUAUUAUUUCACUAUGCAAUUUUGCAUCCUGGUACUGUAAUAUUUAGUAUUUGUGGUUUGCUGUGACAACAGGAAAAAAUACAGAAGCCUGUGGUGGAAUUUUCAAAGGCACUAAAGGGACACUGGUAUCCAGCUCUCAUCAAUGUUAGUAACAAGAAACUGAAUCCCUCACCUGUCUCCGCUUGUGUACAUCAUCAUUUUUCACAAACUAAUGAAGCUGUGCAUUGACAGCUGAUUCUUUAUUUAGUUCAUCAUUGCUAUUUCUUGGCUUUGGCCUGCACUUGCCAAGAAAUUGCUGAAGUUAAAUUAACAGUAACAGACAUAUUUUGUAGCAGAUCUACUCUUCAUGCACCUACCAGUCAUAGGACUAUGGAACCCCCACCCCCACACCACUGUGGCUGGACAAGAUCAAAGGGUCUGAGAAUGCAAACAACAAUAACAAAGUUUUAUUUAUUUAUCUGUUUGUAGCAAGAACACAUUUCAACAGCCCCUGGUGGGGUCCUCCAAGUCAGACAGGUAAAACUGCUAAGUUUUCCUAUUUCUAGAAGCAUUUUUCUAGUCCUACAUAAGAUGCACAAUAUCGAGAUGGUCUGUGUUAAUAUACUAGCACUUUAGUCAAUACUGCUAUCAGUAACAGAAGACCAAAUUUUACUCUCAGUAACAUAUAACCCACUUUGCUUUAUACCUAUAAGCCUAAAGACUGGAGAAAGGUUGCAUCUCAAUUCAGAUGUCCUCAAUCCCCUUCAGACCCUCUGAGACCCUUCAUUUAGGCAUCCAAGACCUCUGGGAAUUUUGUUCAAAUUCAUACAGAAACCAGUAGCUCAAGUCCAUUGUGUCCAGAUGUCCUUCAUGGACAGAGAUGAGAGGAGUCCUUUCAUACCAGAAGAGCUUGUUGCUUACUCCAGACAAAAGCCUAACAGUUGAUUCAACUUGUAGGCAAUGUGCACCAGUAUUGUGUCCCUCAACUGAGAAAACAAGCCAGGUGCACCUUCAAUUAGAUGCCCAAAGUUAUGUGUCACAAUUUCCUCCUCUUAUCUCCAGUGACCCUGCUACCUUCUGGCAUUGUAUUCACUGCCACUGCACGCACACAAAGUAUGGCCCAAAUUGUUUAAGUAAAAGAAACGGAAGCAAAUGGAUAAUUUUAAUCUGCAAAGUACUUCAUUUAACAUCAGUGUUUGCAACAGACUGACAUAAAGAUAUGCAGCUCUGGCCAAAGCCCAUAAAUAUUUCUGUGUAUACUUUUUGCUAACUGAACAUCUGCAGUACAAUGUAUUAUUAAAGGGGUAUUGUUAAAACUACGUAAACUACAGAACAGAGCAAACUUUUCCUUCUGAAAACAGGAAAUAUAACAUUAUAUUGUUGUUUCUUAUGGUUUUUUGUGAAGCUGUCAUGAGCCAAAGUCAUAAAAAAACCUACCAAGUCAACAACCAGGCUCAUACAGGUUCGAUUGCCUCAUUUGAACAGAGAUGCCAUUGUAAAAUCAGUACAUUCCCACAACUAAAUCCAAAUGCGGUUUAGUACCAAUGUCAGUUCAUACCCAUAACCAGAACCUUAAGGAUUCGGACUGAGAUGAAUAGGCUGACUUUUGAAGGCAACCUUGUUCUGAAUCUAAGAACCAAACUGAAGGUCUGUGUUCUGCUUUUCACUUUUAUAGCUCAGUGUUAAUACAUACAUGUUUGAUGAACACUUUCUCCAUCUUUCUUUAUAUUAACAGAGGAAACAAGUGAGCGUAAUCCCCCCUCUUGAGCACUGAAAUACCUCUUCCACUCCUAAAACAAGAGAAAUAGGCUGAGAAGUGAAUUUAUCUGCUAUUUGAAAUCAAACUCAAGGCAUCAUGUGUGUCAGUGAAAAGUAGAAAUCUAAAGCCUUCUCUUUUAGCCCAUGAAAUUUCAGUCUAUGCUGCAUUAGCAUGAAGUCCGUGGUAGAGCUAACUCUGAAGAGCUUUGAUAGUACUGAGGGCAAUGUUUUCUAACAGGAACCAGGAUGGUGUAUGAACACCGGAAAAUUUGUCAUUUCCUGAAAAAAAGACAUGAUGUCACCUAACUGAGGUUAAACUGGCCAUGAAUACAAACUAACUUAUCAGCUUAAACGAAAUCCAUAAAACCAGCGUGAUAGUUUGUAAAAAACAGCAACAGAAGGAAUUGAGAUUUAUGCACUUGCUUUGUGUGCAUUUUGACCUGUGACUACUCCUUAAGCAGAUGGCAGGUAAGUGAGGGUCCAACUUUUUCUAUCAAACACAUUCCUCUUUAGACAGAAUGGUUUAAACAUCUAAGAGGUUUUGAAACUGGACGGACUUGGCUAAUUAGAAAACGUAGCACUUUAAACACUUCCAGAGAUGGGUAAUUGGCUGUAAGUUUUCUGUUUAAUUUCCUCCAUGAUACAGUCUUCACUGAUGAUUUAGCUUGAAUGGCUGGAUGGGGAACAAUCUUAAUAUAAAUUAAUAACGUGCUUUUCUCAAAAAAUGCAGUUCUAAUGCAAUAAUUUAAUGUAUUUCCCUGUAACAAGCCCAUUAUCAGUCACUGUUCUCCAUCUGUAUUCCUAAAUAUGUUGCAGAAGUUACUGAAUAGACUCCAAGAGGCAUAGAUCUCAGCCUGAAGAAUUUAUUUGAAUUUUUAGAGUUCAAAGUAGUCACGUAGCCUGAUCAAACUGAGAGUUACAUAAGUGCUUCAGUAUAUAGUGCUCACUUUAUGCAACCUCAGUUCAAUCAUGUUCAAGCAGUUGGACUUCAAAGAUGCCAAACUAAACAAGCGAACAAAAAUCUUUGGAUCAUGCUAGUUAAGUACUGUACCUUUGUUUUGCAUGAACUGUGUUCAACAUUCAGCUUCUGACGUAUAUUUGAAGCAAUGUCUACCACAAAGUUUAUUAGUGAAAUACAGAAAACGGAUUACAUUAGACAGGCCCUUUGGCUGUCAGAAUGUUAAUAAUUAUUAAUUCUUAUGCUUUGAUGAAAUGGGAAAAGAAUGUUUAAGAAUUACAUGAGUAUCACUGGAGUAUCACUGAUUCCGUGUUGGAAUGACACUAUAAUUAUGAAUAUAGUUUUGCUUUGGAUUAUUUUUUUUUAAUUGUAGGAAACAGUAUAUAUGUUGCAUCUUAAAAAAACCCCAAUGUUUGGACUCUAUUUUUUAAAU